GUAUAUAUAUAAGAUGAACUAAACUUUUAACCUCAAAUUGUCAACUGAAAGCCUUACGUAGAAAAUAUUUCGUAUAAGAUAUCUUUGAAAUGUUAAAGGCAGAAGGACUUUUACACAAAGUAGUAUAAUUUUUUUACAUGUUGAAUACAGUUAUUAAUACUUUACAGAUAUAAAGUUUAUCAUCAAUAUUUAUAAAAGUUAGUCAAAGCAGUGUAUGUGAUAAAAAUUCUUAAUAUGUAUUAUUUAUAUUGUAAUGUUGUAAUAGUCCUACAUACAACGAAACAACAUUCUCAUAUGUUUAAAAAAGCGUCUAUUUUGUGGAAUUAGAAAAAUGGAUAGUUCUAUAAAAUUGAUUGUACAUAAAGGUGGCACAAUUUUCGAUAGCAUUAUUGUUACACCUUAUUCUGUAAUUAAAUAUGAGCAGAAAGUAAGAGAAACUAAAAGUACAUGUCAGAUAAAUGUUGACAUAAAUAAAGUCAGUGAAAGUAAUGAGAUACAAGUAAACAGAAUUUGCCUAAACAAGAAAGGACUUAAUGCCUAUGUUGUAUCAGCAUAUAUUAUAGCAUUAGCAAAUUCACAAACAUAUCGAAAAGCUGCACUUAAAAAAUUAUUACAAUAUUUAAUAUACAGAUUGUCAAACAGAGUGAAUUUAGGAAUGAUUUUAAUAAGAUUGAAAAUGCCAAGGAAACAAUUUUUAGAUUACAAAUGGAAUGAGAGAAUGAUGCAAAUGACAAUGGAAAGAAGAGAAAUUGAUCAUGCUAUGUCUUGGUUGUCUACUUUGGGUGGAGCAUUUUCUGCUUUAGGAGAAGAAUUUCAACAAUGUGCACAGAUGGCUGGAAAAAUUUCCAUGAAGCAAUUUGAACUAGCACUUCGUCUCAGAGAUCCCUUUUUAAUUGCUCGUUGUAAACUAUAUACUGCCUUAAGCUUAAUUCAACAAGGCCAAUUAAAAAAACCAAAAAGAAUGAUAAGGUGUAUUUACAAAUUUUCUAUAAGUUGGAAUGAUAUUCGUUUGCAAAAUAUGUGUCAAGGUGUAUGGGCAAAACUUCAAUAUUGUUAUAAAAUACAAAAAGAACGGCAUAGAACUGUUUAAUAUUAGUGAUAUAUAAAAUUUCUAAACAUAGUUUAAGAGUAGGCUAAUUAAAUUUGAUAUUUAUGUUUAGAAAUAAAUAAUGUGUGUAAAAUAUUGUUUCCAAAGAUGUAUUUUUUGUAAUUAUUAAAUAAAUGUUACUAAAAGAUAUUUUUUAAAUCAAAAGUAAUGACUAAACAUAUACAUUUGCAACAUUUUUAUUAAUCUUCAUACAAUUAUUAAGUUUCUUUUCAAUUUAAAAAACAUUUAAAAUAGAGGUAUAAUAUGUAAAUGUGAAGUCAAAUACUAUAUUUUCGAAGCUUUUUAAAUAAACUUAAUGAAGCAAUACUUUAUGAAGUAUGCAUAUUUAGAACAUAUGUAAUAGUACAUCUUUUAAUUCCUAACUUCUUUUGGUUUCUUCGUAUAGUUAAGUUACCUAUAACUUAUAUACUUAAGUGACAUUUAAAAUAUAAUAAAAAAAAAAGAAAGAAACAAAAGCAAUUAUUCUUAAGUAAACACAAACUAUACAUUAGAAACAAAAUUAUACAUGUGAUUAUCUUAAAUUUUAGGAACUAUGUUAAAUAUACAAUCUUAAUAUUUUAUUAAUUAUAGCAAUAUAUAUUAUUUUAAACCUGAAUAGGCGUUAAAUAAUCGAAAUAUCAUAAUUCAACUUUCUAGAAUUAUUCCUUAACUGUUGUUAAUGAACUAUAAAAGUGUUAAAGUCUUAAUUUAUUGUACUUUGCUGUACCAAUGCGCUCAAAACUGUAUUUGAUGUUUAAUUUUUUAUGUUAUAUAUACACUUUUGUUAACUAAAAUAUUUUAUCUUGAAAUAGUUUUUAGCUUACAUUAUUAUCAGUGAGCAAGUGUACCCAUAGGAUCCCAUGCAGGUAAGGUAAUGGGUUCUUGUUUAAAUACAUCUAAAACAUCUGCAGGUACCAAUUUUUUAUCAAUAA